AUUCUUAUUCGUUUGGCCAUGUCCGAAAAGCUUGUCUUCCUCCUGCUUCUUAUCGCUACUGUUACUCUGGUUUGGGGAACAUCUUCAGACCAAAGAUUGGCAGAACUACGAGCUAAGCAAGGUCUUCGUAGCAAAUUAGUUAUUGGUCAUGGUCUUUUAGAUCCAGAUAAGAUCGGAAAGAGAAGAAUGGUCUUCCGUCGUUUCAAGUCCGUACCGAAAUACAAUUACGAAGAGCCUGAAAAGCCACGCUACAAAAGCGAUAAAACCGAAAAAUAG